GAAGGAGCAUCUCUGCAAACGUUUUCUCCUUAGUGGCAAAGAGGAACCUGCUCGAGCCAGCAAAUACAGCUCACAGACCCGGUGGGAAAAGGGGAGAAAUAGGGAAAGAGUGUGAAGGGAAAAUUUUAAGCAGGGACUCUGUCUCGGCGGUUGUGACGCUGCGACCAGGGAUGCAGUGAGCUGAAGCAAGCACUGACACUGAUUAUAUAAACAGAACAGGAAAGCUGAAUAAUUACACUGCUUUUUAGAAAAUUGCCACGGGAUCAAAUUAAAAGAAAAAAAAAACAACAAAAACAAACAGGCAACCACAACAAUGGAGCAUCUCCUUUGAGUCCCGAGAUCGAGGCUGCUACAGGCUUCCCUUUCCCUCCCUCUCUGGCCCCAGAUCUAACCUUCAGUACUGGGGGGUGUCCCGAUGAGUACAGCUGCAUAUGGCCUGCAUCCACGAGCCCCGAGCCCAAUCCCCCUCCCUCUCAGGUUUCAGCACGCCCCUGUCGGAGCCGCCUUUCCGCCGACUGGACGCCGACACCCCCGCCUGCACCCCGGAGACGGACCUGACCCCCACGCAGUGUGUCCUGCGAAACGUGCUGUCCAUCGACACAGGGGGAGCAGUGGUGCCCGGAGGGGGAGGGGGCGGGGGCAGCGGGCACCCCGGCGGCCACAGCCCCACCCCCAGCGAUGAGCCCCCGGAGCACUUCGCUAACAGCGUACUCAAGCUGCACGAGAAUGAGGGCAGCCCGGGUGGGGCCGGGGCAGAGGCCGGACAGAAUGCAGAGGGCGGGUCCGUACGCAGCCAAUCAGACGAUGUCAGGCUGCAGUGUCAGUCGGGGGGCGGCGGAUUUCUGGAGGGACUCUUUGGUUGCCUGAAACCUGUCUGGACUAUGAUUGGCAAGGCCUACUCAACUGAGCACAAGCACAAUCAUGAAGAGAUUUGGGAGGUGCCAUUCGAGGAGAUCUCCGACCUCCAGUGGGUUGGUAGCGGGGCACAGGGCGCCGUGUUCCUGGGGAAGUUCCACGGCGAGGAGGUGGCCGUGAAGAAAGUGCGAGACAUCAAGGAGACGGACAUCAAGCACCUGCGCAAGCUCAAGCAUCCCAACAUCAUCACCUUCAAAGGAAUAUGUACCCAGGCGCCCUGCUAUUGCAUCAUCAUGGAGUACUGCGCCCAGGGCCAGCUGUAUGAGGUGCUGCGAGCAGGCCGCAAGAUCACCCCUUCCCUGCUGGUGGACUGGUCCAUGGGCAUCGCUGGCGGCAUGAACUACCUGCACUUGCACAAGAUCAUCCACCGGGACCUCAAGUCCCCCAACAUGCUGAUCACCUAUGACGACCUGGUGAAGAUUUCUGACUUUGGCACCUCCAAGGAGCUGAGCGACAAGAGCACCAAGAUGUCUUUCGCUGGCACCGUGGCCUGGAUGGCUCCGGAGGUCAUCCGCAAUGAGCCGGUUUCCGAGAAGGUGGACAUCUGGUCCUUCGGGGUGGUCCUGUGGGAGAUGCUGACGGGGGAGGUGCCCUACAAGGACGUGGACUCCUCUGCCAUCAUCUGGGGCGUGGGCAACAACAGCCUGCAGCUGCCCGUCCCCGAGAGCUGCCCGGACGGCUUCAAGAUCCUGCUACGACAGUGCUGGAACUGCAAACCCAGGAACAGACCCUCCUUCCGCCAGAUUCUGUUACACCUGGACAUUGCUUCAGCGGAUGUUCUAUCCACCCCGCAAGAGACAUACUUCAAAUCGCAGGCCGAAUGGCGCGAGGAGGUGAAGCAGCACUUUGAGAAGAUCAAGUCGGAGGGCACCUGCCUGCACCGGUUGGACGAGGAGCUAAUUGUCCGGCGCAGGGAGGAGCUCAGGCAUGCCCUGGACAUCCGCGAGCACUACGAGAGGAAGCUGGAGAGAGCCAACAACCUGUACAUGGAGCUGAAUGCCGUCAUGCUGCAGCUGGAGCUAAAGGAGAAGGAGCUGCUCAGGAGGGAGCAGUCGUUGGAUAAGAAGUAUCCUGGCCUUUUUAAGCAUCACAGCUCCAGGCAAGGGGGCUCCUCCAACUCCAUGGAGAAACUCAUCAAGAAGCGAAAUGUCCCACAGAAACUGCCCUCCCACAGCAAGAGGCCAGACAUUCUGAAGUCAGAGGUGAUCUUGCCCAAGCUGGAGUCGUCUAUGACACAGGUGACCAUCCCCUCCUGCCAAAACAAAGGCUCCACCUCCCCGGGCCGCUCGCGCCGGGGCAAGCCCCGCUACCGCAAGGCGGGCAAGGGCAGCAGCGGCGACCUGGCGGGGCUCAAGGCCACGCUGUCCUCUUCCUGCCGGGACAACUCAGCCCCCACCAACAGCGCCGCCCCCGCCAAGCAGCAGCACCUGGACCCCAGCGCGGCCCUGCGGGGCCUGCAGCACGACCUGCUGCUGAAGAAGAUGUCCUCCUCUAGCCCGGACCUCAUCUCCACCACACUGGAGGCCGAGGGCCGGCGCAAGGGCGAGCCCGCGGGGCUGGAGCGAGGGGGCAGCCUGAGCGCUUCGGCGGGGCUUGGGGGCGUGGGCGCCGGGGCGGAGGAAGGGGCGGAGGCAGGGGGCGGGGCGGAGGACCUGACCGAGACCCCGCCGCGGAGCGACACGCCCAGCGAGGAUGCCGCCUCCAUCCCCUUCUCCAGCAGCCCAGACUCGCCAUGCGGGAGGGGGGCGGCCGCCAGCCGGAGCUCCGUGCUGGGGCCCCCGCGCCUGCCCCAGGACGGAGAUGACAAGGAGGAGGGCCCGGGGGUGAGCCGUUCGCCCAGGGGGAUUCCGGGAGGCAGCGGGAGCCAGCACCUCACACCUGCGGCGAUCCUCUACAGGGCGGCCGUCACACGCAAACAGAAGCGUGGCGUGUCAUCAGAGGAGGAGGAGGGGGAAGUCGACAGCGAGGUGGAGUUGCCACGGAGACGCCGGCCGGUCAGCAUGACGAAGUGCCAGUCCCUGUCCACCUUCAGCUCGGAGAACCUCUCCGUGUCAGACGGGGAGGAGGGUAACACCAGCGACCACUCCCACAGCGGCACGCCGGACGUGGUCAGCACCAACACGGACGAGCGGCUGGACGACAAGAGCGACGACCUCCUGUCCCAGGGCUCGGAGAUCCCCGCCGACGCCACCGACGCCACCGACGCUGCUCAGGGCUCCGACGGGCUGUCGGAGAAGGAGGCCGUGAUACGGCAGGUCAAGACGCAGCUCAGCGCCGAGCAAAACACCUACGAGAAUCAGGCGCUGUACGAUGAUUCGGACUGUGACAGUGCAGAGCUUGAUCACUCAGGCAGCGCCGAGCCAAGCCGCCCUCCCAGCACCGGCGCCUGGUGAGGAAGGACUCCAGCCCUGGCGAAACCCGGACGGGCAUCUGUACAGCAUACCAAGAUCCUCCCUAUGCCCCAGCCUUGCAAAAACACCCAACCUCACCUCACCUCACCACCAACUGGGUCCCCCCCCCCCCCCCGCGCGUUCAACCGGACUGGACCACACAUCACAGAAAAGGUCCUGGCAUUGUAUCAAGUUUCUCUUCCCUCUUGUUUAUCUCACAAUUUUUGACAUUUUUAUUUGUCAUUUUUUGUGACUUAACAAUUUUCUUGAUUCUCGCGACAGCAGGUGUCACUAAGAUCAGUGUAUCGUUUUGUGAGCAGAUUACCAUCUGAAAGUCAGUCCAGGUAAUUAGAUCAGGUGGAUCAUUAGGAGCUCAGCUGGGACCAUAAAACAGAUGACACCUUCUCUCGUCAGAACCAAGAGAUACUAGUAAAAUGGAAAAGACAAAAAAGGUCAGACUUUGCUCUUCGUUGGUUUCCCUCCUUUUUGUUGAGUCGGCUUUUACUGAAAAGCGUAUCCAUGAAUAUAGUGACCUGCAGUGUGCACUGAGUCAUAUUUUUGUAAAACUUGGGACAGGGAGUAGAGCAUGCUUUGAGGAGGAGAAACAGAAAGAUCACGUUAAGUUCUGUGUGGGAGGGACAGCCAGAAUGCAC